AUGUGGAAUGUACAAACUCUUUACAAAACUGGACAACAUGCCCAGCUUUUGGAGCUGUUUGAUCGAUACCAGCUGGAUAUUCUCGGGAUCAGCAAAGUUAGAUGACUGAAAGUUUAGAGAAGAAGCAAUGGGAAGAAAAUGCUGUACUCAGGCCAUGACACUGAGUACAUGGCGCUUCGUGCCCUGAUUGGCUGGAAGCCAAUCAAUUAUCAGAUUAUUACAGCCAGAUUCUCGUCGGCUCACACCAGGACCACAGUCGUCCAAGUCUAUGCGCCAACCGAGGAAGCGGACGAAGCGACAAAAGAUGAGUUCUACGACGUACUACAAUGCAUUGUCGAUGAGAUUCCAAAGCAUGACCUCAAGAUCUUCAUCAGGGACUGGAAUGCACAAUUCAGCAGUGACUGCUGCAGCUUUAAAUCGAUCAUUGGGCCUUUUGCCUCAUCAGCUCGACUGACAGAUAACGGGGAAAUCUCAUUCUGCUCCCACAAUGACCUUUGCGUAGGGAACACCUACUUUUAGCACAGAUCAAUCCAUAAGAAGACAUGGCGCUCACCAGAUGGACGCAUGUUCAACGAGAUCGACCACGUGUGCAUUAGCCAGCGAUGGAGAACAGCCCUGCAAGAUGUCAGGGUCUACCGAAGUGCCGAUGUGGGAUCUGAUCACUACCACAUCCACAUGAACCUCAAGCUCAAGUUGAAAAGCCAUGGAAAGAAGCCGAAGAUACCGCGUGCCACAGAGAAGCUCAAAGAUCAGAAUUCGGCAGCUUCCUUCGCGCUUCGGCUUUGAAAUCGCUUCGAAGUCUUGAACGAAGCGACUGAUAUGGAAGCCCAUUGGACCAGCUUCAAGGAGACAAUAAAGGCAUGUGUUGGACAGUGGCAAGGCAAAAGAAAGAAACAAUGGAUUCAAGACCGAACCUGGGCCUUGAUCGAUCAGAGAAGCAUGGUAAAACAGAAACAAGAUCAAGCAAAAAACUCCGUCAUGGAGGCAGCGGCAUUGGAAUAUGUCAAUUUGGACCGGACGGUGAAACACAGUUGCAGGCCAGACAAGAAAGAUUGGCUUGAGCAGAAGUGCACAGAAGCCCAAAAAGCUGCUGACACCCGUACUCUCUACCGAAUAGCAAAAUAUCUCUCGGGCAUCUGGAAGGCAUCUACCUACAACUUCAAGCAAGAAGAGGCACAAAAACUGCUGCAGGUAGAGGAAGGUGAUAUCUCUGAAAAAGAAGUUCGCUUGGCAAUCAAAGCGCAAAAGACAAACAAGGCGGCUGGCAUGGACGAAAUCCAACCGGAGCUGCUGAAGUAUGGAGGCUCGGCCGUUGUAAGCCAACUCACAAGGCUGUUCAAAGAAUGCUGGCGAACUGAAAUUGUCCCCAAAGACUGGCAGAAAGGCAUCAUCGUCAAAUUACCGAAGAAGGGCAACACUAUGGAGUGCACAAACUGGCGAGGCAUUACCCGGCUCUCUGUCCCAGGAAGGUCUUCUGUGCCACUGCCGGACGAUAUCACCCUGCUGUCGGAAGGUGGACAUCAUUUCCAGGACCUAACAUCCAACAAGUGA